UGACGUUCUACAGAAUAAAGAUCAUUGGUGGUUGCGGUUGGCAUCCGCAAGAAAGUGGAUAAUAUGAUCCAUGUGGCUGGUGUUGGAGGGUAUCUCCCCCCCCUUCCAGCUAGUUAAGGAAUAUUGGAGUAUUGCUGAUAUAUUGUAGCUGCUCUUUGGAAACGCCAGUUGAUCAUCAUGGCAACAGCAUUCAACACUGAUGGAGCUGAGGUGAUUCAGCGGACAUUGAAUUCUACAGAAGUGGGUAGUCGUCCCCCAGUUUUGGGGAUAGAGGAAUUUUAUGAACUGGAGAAAGCAGCUGCUUUUGUAUCCGACAAUGGCUUCACCAAGAUUGCUCUUCAGUUUCCUGAUAAACUUUUGCCAGAUUCAGCAGAUGUUGCUGCAAGGAUGGAAAAAGCAACUGGUGCCAAGAUAUAUGUCCUGGGAGACACAUCAUAUGGCAGCUGUUGUGUAGAUGAAGUGGCAGCAGAGCAUGUCAGUGCAGAGGCUAUAGUGCACUAUGGCCCUGCCUGCUUGAGUCCUUGCCGCAAAUUGCCAGUAUUACACAUAUUUGGCCAGGAACAGCUAGAUGCGAUGCGAUGUGUGGAAGUCUUCCAGGAGUUGUACCCUGACCAUCAAACCUAUGUGGUUGUACUGAGUGAAUCUGCAUAUUUUCAUGCCAUUGAUGACCUGGCCUCUAAGCUGCAACCGAUUUAUCCCAAUGUGGUUUUUGCUCAGUUGGAUAGCAAAAAAAAUCUUGAUUCAAGCCAGCCGAUUUCUGGAAUGAUCCAGCAGUUUGGACGGCGUUUUGUAAUAGACGAACAUCAUGGUCUUGAAAACUACAGUAUGUUCUACAUAGGUUCUGAAGGAGCAGAACUUACAAACUUCAUGCUGAGUUGGAACCAGUGUCCCUUUAGUUCUUUUGAUCCUAGGACAGGGCAAGGCCGAUGCGAAACCCUGGAUGUGAACCGGGCUCUGCGGCGACGCCUUUAUCUAGUGGAACGGACACGAGAUGCUCAAGUCGUGGGUAUUGUGGUGGGUACUCUUGGAGUAGAAGAUUACUUGUCUGUUCUGGAGCAUCUUCGCCAAAUCAUUCACCGUGCUGGAAAACGUGCCUACACGCUGGCUGUGGGUAAACCUAAUCCUGCAAAACUGGCGAACUUUCCAGAGGUGGAUAUCUUUGUUUUGGUAGCUUGCCCACAGAAUUCCUUGCUUAACUCCACUGAUUUCUAUCGACCCCUGAUCACGCCCUACGAGCUGGAAAUAGCAUGCAAUCCAGCACGGACUUGGACAGGCCGCUAUGUUACCGAUUUUCGCCACCUUCUACCAGGAGCUUGCGACCAUGUCGUUUUCCCAGAAAAGACCAACAUUGAACCUAGCAUUUCACUGAUCACUGGACAGCUGCGCUCAAUUGAUCCCUCCCUGAUAGAUGCAGAGCCAAAUUCUGACACAACUGUGAUGUGCCGCAACCAUGUACAGACUGUGUCUCAAAUUAGCCCAGCAGCCUCAUUCUUGGAGUCCCGCAGCUGGCGGGGACUGGAACAACAGCUGGGCCAAACAGAAGUAAAAAAAGCUAUUGUGGGACGACGGGGAAUUGCCAUUGCCUAUGAAGAUGAGCCUUGUGGAUGACCAACCCUGAAGAUAAAAGACAUUGGCCAGAUAACAAAUUGCAUUCUUUGCUGGAUUUGGAUGGGUUAAUGGAACAUGAGUCUUUUUGAACUGGUUGACAAUCUUAUUUGUACAGGGCAUAAGUGGGCGGAGUUAGUAUUUUUUGCAGUAUGUUGAUGGACAGCUCAACAGAUUAAGUAGAGUGCUAUAUUAUUUUAUCAGAAGAAUAAUUUUUUUUAAAGUGUUGAUUUCUGCUGAAAAAAUUGUUUAUUCUAUGAGAAGAUAAAUGUUAAUCCACACUAGUAUAUAGUCAAUUUAUAAAUAUCCAUGUUGUUUAAACUAGUCCUCCGUUGUCAUUUCUGUUGACAAGUGAGUUAGACUAUGCUGAACAGUAGGGUGAGCAUUAUUUAUCGCAAGCUGAAGUCAGCAGUGAUGAAAUUGCUAAAAAAGAAAAUGAAACAAAAACACCUAAUGUAAUUCUCAGACUGAAUUAAUAGAAGCAUAGUCUCCAAGUAACAAGUAGCCAUAGUUCCAUUUUAUUCCAAAGCACUGUGUCCUUUUCUGGAGAUCACACUUAAAUAUGCUGACAAAGAGAUAUUAGCUAAAAGGGUCACAAGAAUGAAUAUACCGUAUAAAAAAUAUUCUAUAAAGAAAGGUUGAAGGAACUACAUUCCAUGGGCCUCUUUAAUGGUAACAGAGAUGCUAUGCUUAUGUAAAGUUUUAAGUAUUUCUUCCAAAUCAUCUUUGAAGCAUGCAUAACCCUAAUCUUGAUCUUCCUAACCCCCAGGGGACCAAAUUAAAGUUCUUUACAGAAGAAUAAAUGUUGGGCAAAUAUUAAAGUUAAUUGAUCAUUGAGUCUAGAAGAGCAGAUUAACUAUAGAAUUAUCUAGAUGGAUGGUGCACUACUCGUUAUUUGAAAGCUCAAAUUUAAAUCUUACAGACUUUAAUUGGUCUGUAUGCAACAAAACUGUUGCCAGGCCCCAGCUAUACUUUCUUCACCCAACUGAAAUGCUUCUGUUCAGGCAUCUAGGUAGCCACUUCUUCCUCUAGGAUGUUCACCUGCUUCCAUUUUCUUUUUCAACUAAUGUUCAGAUUAAUGAUGCUCAAUCUUCAUUGGAUAUUGAAAUUGUUGCGUGUAGGAAACUUUUACAAAGGGAUUUGAAAAUUAUAAGCAUGCCAAACACCCUCUUAUUUUUAAUAGCCCUGUUUUGGCCAUAAUUGUACUGGCACACAAAAGUUUUCUAUUAAAAGGAGUAAUUAUGUUUAUGCAUAAAUGUUCCUUCACAGGGAAACAUGAAAUUACACAAGCACCUAGUAUGCACUUUUGUCAUCCAGUACAUGGAUUUUUCUACUUCGUUUGACAAAUAUUGUUUCUCUAUUACAUCCUUAAUGUGAAGUCCAACCAAUUAGCUUCCACAAGAUGGCAUGAAGUCAAUUCGUGCUACAUUGAUGCACUCCCAUUAUGCAAGGUAUCUCAAAACUUUUGAGGUCAGUAGGCAUAUUUGAAAUUUACAGUCUAGACACUCUAAAAAUGCCCACUGUGGUAAAUCUGGAAAGUCACAAAAUACCCACUUUCUAGGGAGCCAAACUGAAGUUCCUCCAACACCACUACUUCAGCUUAUUUUUCUCCUUUGGUUUUGAUCAGGAAGGCAUUCUUCCAAACAAAGUGCAGGCAGAUAAUUCAGAAUGCCUCUCAGAGUGGUGUUGCUUGAUGGAAAUAUGUCCCUUUACGUCAAGUUGGUGAAGCAUCUCAUGGAGUUUUGUUGUUCUGACUUGAUGACUCCAGAUACAGUCUCAACUGGCUUUACAAAGGUUGUUACUGUAUUUGUGCUGUGCACUGUGCCUCUUAUUACUGAAUGAAGCUUAAAGACUGUUCCAUUAAAAUCUUGAGAAAGCAAAACACUUUCUAAGUAUUGUAUAACUUUAUAGCCACUGUGGAUUCUAAAGUCUACAUGAGGCCAAGAGGCACUAUUGGAAAUCUAGAUUGUACUUGAGACUGAUGUUUUGUUUAACGGCAUAUUAGGAAUUCAUUUUUAAAAUUGGGAGAAAAAAAACAGGCAGAGAAGGAAGUUUGGCAAGCACCAAGAGAGGUGUACACCAGCCCAUUAGCACUAAAGAGGAGGCAUCCUGAGCAGAAGCAUUACUUUGCCAUCAGUGUUUCAUAGGAUCCUGUGUCUACUAUGCCACUUUCUGUAUAUGAACACGGGACUGUCAUUGAAGUAGGGAGGCAAUAGUAGUUUUGCUAAUGCAAAAUACACUUAUUUGGUGUAAGGGACUCUUAGAGAAGUAAUAUAGCAGAGUUUUUCAGCAGAAAAAACAGUGUAAGUUGUGGAAUUACAAACUGAUAUAAAAUAUUCCAAGAAAAUAAAUUCCAGGGAAACAAGAUAGAAAUACUUUUGGUACGUGGCAAAGAAAUACAAGAAAUUUGCCUACUUUUGCUGGAAGUGAUUCACUGUUACUAAACUUUAGCCACAUGGAUCUGUUCUCUUAACAGAGUUUUGCCAAUUUCUUACAGUCGGGAGGACGGACCAUUUCUAGUGUACAGAUCAAUUGCCUUCAGAAGAAUCCUAACAUACUUGUACCUUGUAUCAUUUCAUGAUAACUUACCUAGUACCCAACCGUGGCUAUUUCUCCUAGACUGUUUUGUUGGAGUGAUUGGAGAUACUCUUAUGUAGACAGACCUUGGAAACAACCAUAUAAGCUAUUUUUUUUCAUGAUUACUCAUUGUGAAAAUGGGAGAUACAAAAUGGUGACACCACCACCUCAAAACCUCUCACAUGGUC